AUGGUAUGAGCCAAUGUUUCACCUUUACUGGACUCUGGGGACCAAGGUGGAAAAGGCUGAACUGGCUGAUUGGAAGAGCCACCUCCCUGCACGGGGAUACCAGGAGGGAGAUUAUGGCGGCGCCGGGCCCAGGUCUCCAGCAUGCACCUGCCACAGCUCCAGGGGAGAUACGGAGCCUGCCAACUUACCCCACCCCAUGAUCUCAUGGCUGCGCUUGCCAGGCACUGGCUCAGGAGGCUGCAUCCCACAGAGAAGUCACUUAGAUGGGCCACAGCCCAAAACUAGGUCAAAACCCAGGAGAAGAGGACCUGGCUCAAGGCUACACUACAUUUCCAUGUCAUUUUCAAGUGGCACCAGACCCUCGUGAUUAUUCUGGACCACACGGAUAAUCCAAAACCAUCUCUCCAGCUCAAGGUCCGCAACUUCAUCACAGCUGCACAGUUCUCUUUGUACCUACUCACGGGUUCCGGGGAUGAGGACGAGGACAUCUUUGGGAAGGCCCUGGGGCCAGCAGGCUGGCAGAUGUCCCCAGACCAGGCUGCUAUUACCGUGGAAGCUGCCAGGAGUGCUGAGAGGAGCUGA